AUGGCGCGCCGAGGCCCCCGCGCUCCGUGCCUCCUCCUUCUCGUGUUCUUCGUCGUUCUCGUCGUCAACCCCGCGCGCGCUGCCUUCCCUUCUCUUCCGCGGCGGGCGAUGAUGUUUACUGAGAGUCCCGCCGACGCGCCUAGUCGCCACGCGCUGCGGGGUGUGCCGGCGGCGGCUUCCGCCGACGUCACGCCUCCGCUGAGGGCGCUGAUUUCCGCCGUGGGCGUCGACGGCGCCCCGGAGACGCUUUCCGCGCGCCUGCUUGAAGAGGCGAGCGCGGACGGCGGAGACGGGAUGGCGGAAGGCGGAGAGGCGGAGAAUCUUGACGAGGGGAGAGUGCUUGCGUCGGAAGAGUCGGGGGAGGCGGAGGAGGGCGCGUGGGAGCGCGCAAGUGCUGUUGCGGAAGAGGCGGAAGUGGGUCCGGCGGAAGGGGAGGGGGGGGAAGCGGAGAGGGGAGAAGGGGUUGAAGAGGGCCGGUUUUUGGCGGAGGAAGAAGGGGAAAUGGGGGAUGAGGUGGCUGUAGAGGUGGAGACGGGGGAUGCGGAGGAGGGGAUUGAGGAGGGAAGGGUGUUGGAGGAGGAAGAGGAGGGAGAUGAUGAGGAUGAGGAUGAGGUGGAGGGGGAGAUGCAGGAGGGAGAGGAGAUUGAGGAAGGAAGGGUGCUUCAGGAGCAAGGGGAGUCCGAGGAGGCUGGUAAUCCAGAGGCAGAGGAGGAAGAAGAGAAUGAGGAGGAGGGGGAGGAGGUUAACGCGGGCAGGGUGCUUCAGGAGCAAGCAGAGUCCGAGGAGGCUGGUAAUCUGGAGGCAGAGGAGGAAGAAGAGAAUGAGGAGGAGCGGGAGAUGCAGGAGGGGAGGGCACUGGCGGAGCAGGAGGAUGGUGAGGAGGAGGGUGAGUGGGACGAGGAUGCUUACCCGGAGGAGGAAGAGGAGGAGAUGCAGGAGGGGCGGGCACUGGCAGAGCAGGACGGUGAAUGGGACGAGGAUGCUGAGGAGGAGGACAAGGAGGAGAAGCAGGAGGGAGAGGAGAUUGAGGAGGGCAGGGUGCUGCAGGAGCAAGGAGAGUCCGAGGAGGCAGAGGAGGAAAUUCAGGAAGAGCAAGAGGAUUUCAGCGAUGAGGAAGAGGAGGAGAUGGAGGAGGGGCGGGCUUUGGCCGAGAUAGACGAUUCUGAGGAUUUGAAUGGUGAGGAGGAUGAGGAAGAGGAGGAGGACGAAGCAGACAUGCAGGAGGGACGGUCUUUGGCAGAGGUAGAUGAUUCUGAGGAUGUGAAUGGGGAGGACGAUGAGGAGGAGGAGGAGGAGGCGGAGGAGAUGCAGGAAGGACGGGCACUGGUAGAGAUGGGCGAUUCAGAGGGUGUGAAUGAGGAGGAGGGCGAGGGCGAGGAGGAGGAGGAGGAGGUGGAGGAGGAAGAGAUGCAGGAGGGGCGUGCUUUGGCCGAGAUCGACGAUUCUGAGGAUUUUGAUGGGGAGGAGGAUGAGGAAGAGGGAGAGGAGGGGGAGAUGCAGGAGGGACGGGCUUUGGCAGAGGUCGACGAUUCUGAGGGCGAGGAUGAGGAGGUGGAAGAGGAGGAGGCAGAGAUGCAGGAUGAGGAGGAAGGGGAGAUGGAGGAGGGGCGGGCUUUGUCCGAGCUUGACGAUUCUGAGGGUGUGAAUGAGGAUGAAGAGGAGGAAGAGGAGGCAGAGAUGCAGGAUGGGGAGGAUGGUAGGGUGCUUCUGGCAGAAGAGGACGAGGAGGGAGAGAGUGAGGAGGAAGAGGAGGAGGAGGCCGAUAUGCAGGAGGGGAUGGAGGAGGAUGGUGAGGAAGAGCAGUGGGCUGAGGAGGAGGGGAUGGUGGAUGUGGCUCAGGGAGCAACAGGGCGUCCAAUUUUCAGGGCUUUCCACUUGAUCAACGGGGGCCAUGCUUCGGGAAAGUAG